AUGGAAAAUUUAGAUCAUAGAUGGAACAAUAAGGUUGAAAUUUUUAAUUUGAAAAUAAAUAAAUUAAGGAAUGAGAUGAAUGAAUACAAGAAAAGUUCUUUUAAUGCAUGUUCUCUAAAAAAUAAAAAAGUAUUUUUUUCUAAAUUGAAUAAUAAUACUAAAAAAAGAGAAUUAAUAAAUAUAAAUGAAUACAAUGUAAAAAAUAAUUUGGAAAAGGGGCAUAUCAGAACAAAUGUCAGAGUAAACAAUGCCUUAAAUAUGGAAAGAAAUUCAGAAGCUAAUAAUAGUAUGAAUAAUGGAGUACAAAAUAUAAAAAAUCAAAAAAAUACAGUAACAGGAAAUGCAGCAUUCCCUACAUCAAAAAACAUUUCUAACAAAAUAAUUAAAACUAAUGAUGUUAAUAUUAUAGAAAAUAAAAAUUAUUUCAAGUUCAAUGUAAGAAAUAAACGAAAAAAUGAAAAAACAAUUAAAAUUAACGAAAAGCGAUGGAUAAUUGCAACAAAACAUAUCAAAGUAGAAAAGGGAAAUACUAAUGAUAAGGAAUUUAUGUUGAAAAAUCAAAAAAAAAAAAAAACGAAAUUAUUGUAUUUAGAAGGAGAAGAAGGAAAUAUGUACCCAUAUCCCAUAUACUCCGAUUCAGAAGUUGGAUUUGAAAGUAUAUCGCAUAUAGAAGAUGAAUUACUAUCAAAAGUGAAAAAAGAAAAUCAAGAUGAUGAUGAUAUCAAAACAACGAAGCAUCUUGCACAAUGGAGUUCCAACUUAGUUCAUAAAUAUCUUGACGAGGCCAUCGAAAAAGCAAAGCUAAUGUUUCAUAGCUCAAGUAUAAAAUGGCGCAAUGAAGAAAUCUUUAAAAGAAUGAGGUCUUAA